AUGCGAUAGAAUAUACUUAUAUCAAGUUUGACGGAACACUGUUCUGGGACUCAAUGACAAUAUUUCAACACGAGUUCCCUGGGCGUCAGAGUAGUUUAAAUUACAUGCUUGAUACUCUAGAGAUCCCUUCCAAGAUCAGGUUGAGUUACAGACGUAUAGAUGAGAUUGUACUGCUUGUUAUUGAAACGGCCAAGAUUCAAGAUGAGAUAACCAAAUUAAAUAUUGAUUCGAUGGAUUACCAUAAUAAGAUCGAAGAACUUAAUUCAAGGCAAGAUAAAGUUAUCAAUAACUUACAUGGAGAAGAGGGAGUUGAAAAACUUUGUACAGACAUCCUUGAAUAUUGUUUCUACGAUUCAUGGGCAGUCCUAUUGAGCAUAAUUAAGAUGAAAAAACUGGUUUCAUACCGAUUAGAUGCGAUGAUUUAUAACUCUAAGGAGUAUAAUAAAGAACAUAAUGACAAGCCGGUAUCGUAUGAUAUCAAAGAUAAGAAGAAAUUUCAAGGUGCGGAGGUAAUCGACCCAGAGACCGGGUAUGAAAAGCCCAAUGAGAAACAUCAAGUAGUACAUCUCAUAGACAAUAAUGUGGAAACAAAUCAGGAUAUAUACUUUAUCCAUGAGCAUACCCAAGAAAGCAUCAUACGGAGCAUUCUCACGGAUCUGAUAAAAAAGAGAAAAGAAGCCAAGAAAGAGCGUGACAAGUAUAUUGGAAUUAAUGAUGUGAUGAAUAAUAUACUAGAACAGAAACAACUUGCGUAUAAAUCAUCGGCAAAUGCAUUAUACGGAGGCCUAG